GCACUUGCUUUACUUGUUCACCUCGUGCAGGUCAGACCAAAUUCGUCCAUCCAUCCAUCCAUUUAUCAGGGAGCAAUCAGAGAGCCAAUCUGCAGAGAGGAAGGUAGAUUGGAUUUCUACACACGAGGGCUAUGACGUGCAGAGGCGGCAUUAAUUAGUAGAGAGAAUCGGCAGGAGGCUGGUCGGCGUGCAGAUCAUCGAGCAAUCAAUCAAUCGAUCAAUCCAUCAAUCCAUCAAUCAAUCAAUCCAUCAAUCCAUCAAUCAAUCAAUCAAUCAAUCAAUCCAUCAAUCAAUCAAUCAAUCAAUCAAUCAAUCAAUUCGUCAAUCAAUCCAUCAAUGUAUCAAUCCGUCGAUCAAUCGAUCAAUCAAUCAAUCGAUGGACGUGGCAUUUUCUCCGAUGACGUGUUGUUUCCUCUGUGGUUUACGUGAUGAUUGAAUUGCUUGGUUGAUUGGAUGGAUGGCGGUUUUUGUAAAGGGGAAUUGGAACGUUCUAUUUUGAUUGCUCGACUUUAUAUAGUUGAUUGAUUGCUCGAUGAUUUUUGUUGAAUGGCUGAUGAUUAUGUGAUUGGUUCAUCAAUCAAUUGGUUAAUUCCUUGAUUUGAUGGGUUAGGGGAUUGAAGGGACGAUAUAGAUCGAUUUGACUAAUCCAUUGAUUGGUCAAUUAGGUGGAAAAGCGACCGACUCAGUCAUCUGAUCAAUCAAUUAAUUGCUUGAUCGAUCAAUCAACUAAUUGCUCAAUCAGUUUCAAUCAAUCAAUCAAUCAAUCAAUCAGCUAAUUGCUCAAUCAGUUUCGAUUAUUCAAUCCACUAAUUGCUCAAUCAAUCAAAUUAUCUGAUCGGUCGUUUGGUGUGUCGAAUCCUCUGAUUAGAUUGAAUAGCCAAAUAAGACUAGGAAGAGGAGGGAAAACAAGGUAGAUACAUACAUAUUCUGUAUUUGGGCAGAAAUGACGCGACAGAUGCUGAUUAAGAAGUUGGCCGAUGGGUCAUCAAGGGGGUUGGCACGGUGCGGAUGGGCACUCCCCCCCACUGCGCGUUCCUCCUUUUCCUCCUUUUCCUCAUUUUCCUCCUCCUCCUCCUCCUCCUCAUCGUCAUCAUCAUCAACACUCUCUAGGUGCCGCCGCCAGUGGUGCUUGUCGGGAUCGCGUGUCGGUCCCUCACCCUGCCUCUCAUCUCCGUCUUUCUUCUCCCAGCUGCGAUCCAUUACCACGUGGCAAUCCCGAUCCCGAUCUUCGAGCUUGGCAGGAUAUGACCGACCCGCCGCCGCCGCCUCCCCCGAGGCUACCACCCCCCUCCCCACCCCCUCCCCCAGGUUCUCCCAUCAUCUACGACGAUUAUCCUCUCAUCAAUCUGGAUUACCCUUGCCAUCGUCAUCUCGAUGGAUGUCUUCGUCUGCCGCUGCCGUUGCGUCGGGGGUAGAUAGCCAUCUUGCGGAGGUACUCCGGACCGAGUAUGAUUAUGAAAUACAGAACUAUAAGCCCUCUCCUGCGGUCAAGAGAGGCCCUCCUGCGCCCUUUAAUCUGCAGGAUAAGCCUGGAACGAACGGGAUCAUCCUUAGGCGUUCCUUUGGGAAGGAAGACGUCGAGGUGUCGAUCUGUGUGCAGCCGGAGGAUUUCAUGGGAGGAGGGGAAGGCGAGGAUGAGAUCACGGAAGAGGAGGAGGCGGAGGACGUGGCACCACCGCCCUCUCCCAUCAGCUUCACUGUCACCGUCACCAAGAGCAUGAAUGGUCCUAAGCUCGAAUUCCAGUGUUCGACAGAUGGCGACGCUGUGGCCAUCGAUUUCCUCUCCCUGCAAGUUGCAGACGAUGAUGGGACGAAGGGAAUUGCCUACGAUGGGCCCGACUACAACGCACUAGAUAAUGAAGUGAAGACGGCCUUUGAAGAUUACCUGAGAGUUCGGGGAAUUGACAGCAAACUUGCAGCGUAUGUCGUUGAAAGUGUCAGGGAUAAGGAGCAGAGGGAACACGUGAUGAGGAGGAGGAAUAGAGGAGGAGGUGAAGACACGUGUGUUAAGAAUGAUACGCUGCAGGUGGAGAUGGUAGGAAGAGGAGGAGGAGGAGGAGGAGGCAGAUUUAGGGUUGAGCUCCUGUUCUUUGAUGACAAUGGAGCAGAGAUUGAGGAAGGGGAAAGUUUUGGGUGAGUUGUACUUUUCGUGGAUGGGGUCUAUGUACUCUUUCCCUGGACAGGAGAGGGAGAGGACGGAAAUGGGAAAGAUGGGGGGGGGGGAGGAAGGAAGGAGAACGAAACUUCUUUUCCUUUUUUGGAAAGAGGUAAUUUGACGUGUGGGGAGUAAGACAAAGGAAUGACCCAGAAAAAGACAAGAAAGGAAUGAUUGGCAUGUACGGCAAAGAGGACUACUUUUUGACUUUGUGAGGAGGAAACUAUGGUAGCAAACCCGUCC